UAGAUCUACAUUGUAUGUUUGAAUCAAUUGUGCGAAAAUAGCAGACGUAUAUAAUGUCCUUGGCCUUUCGAGCCCAUGUACAGUCAGGUAGUCAGUUCCGAAAAAUCGCCAGUUCCGCGACAAAUAACUUUCAUUCAACAUUGAGAAAAAAUUAUAAUCACAUAUGCUUUAACAAAUUGUACAACCUUACACCUUAAUAUCUGAUGAUUUUUUCCGCAACAAACCGGAAGAAAAUAGACAAAUGUAAACAAUCUGAAUUGUCGAAACGCUCGCAGACAUAUUUUCGAAUGGCGGCAAAAUCAAGUCUGCGAGAACGGUCAUCGGAAAUUAGAACAUGUUUGCUUCUAUAAGGGAUUGUCCACGGACGCAGACGCGCCCGGACAGGAAAUGGGGGAAAUGCAGCAGCCCAGACCUUUCACCCAUACAACUGAGAUGUGUUUAGCUCUACUCAUGUGAAUUUAUGAGUGUUGUACACUUGUCAAAGCUCUCUGACAGUUGCUAAGUUACCUACCUUUUCCUUAUUUUAUUUUAAUUGGUUUCUAGUUUGUUGUUUUUUCUAGUUUUUACCUAUAGCUUGAAUUCCUAUUUAUAUAGAAAUUGAUUAAGUUAUUGUUCAUAUGUUGAAUGGAUAUGAUUUGUGAGACUGGGUUCAUCCCCUCUGAAACAAGAACAGCUAAGAAUGGUUGAUGAUAUUUUAAUUAAUUUUUUUUAAAUCCAGUCAGUAUCAGGGGCACCCGUCUAUAUAUGUCGUCUUUAAGGAAAGUUAGCCCAUGUUCCACUUAGAUUUUGUGGAAUAAGUUUGCACAAAACAUCACUUUAAAUGUUAUUAUUAUAUUUUGCUUAUUCUUUAAAAUAGAUUUUCUUAGUAAAGUUAUAUUAAUACACCUUCAUAAGCAUAUUUACUGGAUAAAGUUUACAUUAAUAUUUACAAAAAUAGAACAUUGACAUGCAUUGUGUGCUGGUGCUUCCUCGUACAUUCUCAUAGUUUUGUUUGACAAUACUGUAUGGUCUGCUAUCCAGAUUUGAUGCGUACAGCGAUAGGUUGUUUUCAUUUAUUUUUAGUGCCAUUUCUGUAUAAGAAAAUGCUGUCCUAUACAAGCAUUAUCCUGCCUUUUGCAUUUAAAUGUGCCAUCUCUAUCAGAACAGAGCGCAGGACUGUUCAAUUUAUUGGAUACUCCUUGAGAAAACUGGCGCUUGUUAUUUGAAUUAACUGUAAUCUUGAAUCAUCAUGUGCAACCUACACAGGUUGAAAUCGAUCAUUAUUUUCUGGUUUCCUGUUAUAGUUUGUUUAGAAUCUCUAAUUUGGGCUCUGAGAAAUGAAACUUUCCUCUCAGAAAGAUGCUGUCUCCAGUGGGCAGAGGCUAAUCUAAGAUAACAUGGGGCAACAUUAGAUUGUAUAUUACAGUAUAUUUUAUGCAAGUACAAAUGUGUGAUCUCAGGUAUGGUCCAUUUUAUUUCGUUUUAUUUAUUCCUACUUUUUGUUUUCUAUGUUGUUGCUUGGAAACAGUAUACUGUAUAUUGUAGUACAUAUGUAUAUUAUAUGCAGGUGCCCUUCAUUGUGUGAUCUCAGGUAAAGGUCCAUUGAUUUGUUUGUUAUUUUUAACCAGGUUUUCCGAAGGAAAAAACUGUUAUUAGAUUGGCGAAUGCGGGCGGGCUGGCUGGCUGGCGGGCUGGCGGGCGGGCGGAACAAGCUUGUCCGGGCCAUAACUAUGUCGUUCAUUGUCAGAUUUUAAAAUCAUUUGGCACAUUUGUUCACCAUCAUUGGACGGUGUGUCGCGUGAAAUAAUUACGUCGAUAUCUCCAAGGUCAAGGUCACACUUUGAGUUCAAAGGUCAAAAAUGGCCAUAAAUGAGCUUGUCCUGGCCAUAACUAUGUCAUUCAUUGUGAGAUUUUAAAAUCAUUUGGCACAUUUGUUCACCAUCAUGGGACGGUGUGUCGCACAAAAGAAUCACGUCAAUAUCUCCAAUGUCAAGGUCGCCACAUUUAAAAAUAUAUUUUUUUUAAACAAACUUACAAAGGGGGUUAAUUUUGUUUGUUCAUUUCAAAAGUUCAGUUUGAGUUUUCUCCCUUUAUCAGAUUUUUUUUUCACAAUGAAAACCUGGUUUUGUGACAAUUUUGUCCCUUGUUUACUUUUUGCUUUGUUUGUUGUUAUGGUUUUUACAAAAAUCAGUCAUCAAAAGCUAGUCUGUUUGAUAUAAAAAUGAUUUAACCCGCCUAUGCGGAUCAAUAAUAUAUAAGCACAUGAAGAAAGGCGAAAUGGCUUUAGGUCGAUUGAAAUUAUUCAAGUUUGUCGAUUUAAAUCGAGCUUAAGCUAGGUACUAUUAACAUGUGCUUUUAAGUGAUAUCGAUGUUCGUUCACUAGUUGAUCGAUGCAUAGGCUAUUGAUUCAUUCUAUACAUAGAUGGUGACGUCACUACGUUAUUGUCAGUAAGACCGGUGUGUACACAAUGCUAUUGAUUAUCAGCGCCAUGGUAAUGUCUAUUGACCUGUCAAUAUAAACACAAUCAAGUUGUUCACACUUUCGUUACUAUGAUCUCGGUUACUCGGAUAAAUACCAUGGUAAUAAAAACUUAAAAUAGCAAUAAUACUAUGUGUUGAUGUGUCAAGUUCUAUGACACGCUCUGUUUAUUUGAAAAAAAAGAGGAGACCGGUGCUUUGAACACACGGGGAAUACAUGCACGUAAUUGUAAUUUAUAUCUCGCCGGCAGUAGAAAGCGGAUAUGGUCCAGAAGUUCGGAAAGCACGACAUCCAGACCGAACACACCAUCCGGGCAUUUAACAGCCGACAUAACAGGCGCUACAGACGGUACUGUCUGUUAAAGAUGUCCGCACCGAGAGUGAAAGUCAAUGGGCGGACACUGAACAUUGACCACACAGUCCCCUACUCCCUUAACAAGCAGGCGCGCUGGGAACUUCCGGAACUCAUUGUAGACACCGCGCGUGCACCAUCAAGAUUCACUGCCCCAGAAGUUCAACAGCAGUUUGUCCGCCAUAUCAGGCACCAUGCGGACAGAGUGGAGGCGAUGCGAAAGUCAUACACACAAAGGAAUGCCGAUAUUGCAAUUGUAUUGAGUAAUACUUGUUUACGGUUUAUGAAUGUUGAACAGAUUGAUAUGCGAAAUAACAAUCUCGUCACUUCGUGCACGAUGAUAUAUCAAACAUUUUCAGAAAUUGACCAAGAAAUCAGUGUAUUAGAAGGCAUUCAACGGAGUUUUUCAGAAACACGCUGCCGUGAUAUUAAUUAUACUCGUAUCGAUGUGUUAACACCAUCUUCUCUGAAAACGCAAGCACAGGUCAAACCAUCUCAUUUAGAACAUCAUGGUUCUAAGAAUUUCAAGAAGCAUACAGCUAUUGUUGGUAAGCGAAAACAAAAUCGACAAACAUGUGAUGUGGAUCUAAUAGAAUAUUAUUUGAGCACAGUGACUGCUGAGGACGAAGCGAUAUACAUAUGUCUGGAAAACGAACGCCAACAUCAACGAACAACCAUUACUUUAUGUGACUAUUUUCCACAAAAUUUCUUCGACGAUUUAAAACGUACCGUUGUCAGAGCAGAUCAACAGACGCCGCUCAGUCCUCAAAGCGUACUUCCGCUUUCAGCGGUAGGAGAGGCCGCCACGAUGGCGUCUAUCCAGGCCUCAACUGCAAACGAGUCUCAAGCGAAUUCGCGCCCAUCCACCGCAGACGAGACCCUAGCGAGCUCGUGCGCCCCCACGACUGUGCACAGCUCGCGACGAAUACAUUUCAAGAUGCAGGGUGCACGCAUCUUGCUUCGCAAAGACGAGGUUCUCGGACACGAUUUGAGGCAGAUGUACGGGAAGAGAUACAUUGAGUGCGGAUGCUUUCCUCGAAGGUUUCUGCUCGAUAUAUCCAACAAUUUCUAUCAUAUGUAUUCGUCUGACAAAUUUGUGCAAAACAGCAAAGUCACGCGUGUGACGCAUGCGUUCCUAGCUUUUGUAAGAGAUUCUGCGCAUGCGCUAGAUAACAAGAUGGAGCAUGCGUAUAAAGUUUUCCUUAAUAUAAACGCGCCAUCCAUCAAAAAUAAUGUUCUUGUUGAAAACCUGAGGUUAAAUGAUAUUAUGAAUAUUACGGAUGUCAUAGCAAAAUCCAAACAAACUGUACAACUGAAGUAUAGUUCACUGUUACGUUACGAAGAAGGCACUGAACCUGUGAAAAUGGCAUCAAAAAGAAGUUUUUUAGAUGACGUUUUGGGCUGGCAAACAACAUCGUAUCUUACGAACAACACUGUGCUGAUGGAUCAGUGGACUUCCGAAUGCAACUACAUUGACACGUGGUCACAUGGAAGCGAGUGCAGUGCGCCGUAUAAAUGUGAAGACGAUGGGCAAACAGAUGUACACUCAGAGGUAUGUGCGUUAUGCAUGAAACCUGUCAGAAAAUACUCUGUAAAGACCAUUACAUUGAAAACUUGCAAACACUGCAGUUGUGUUACAUGUUUUACCAGGAACAUCAGGAGACAAAUGCGUAUGGUAGUAACUCCUUUAAAGUGUCCGGUAAUGGAAUGUAGUGUCACUGUGGAGGCUAGUACAGUUAUCUCCGUGAUAGACAUUCCGGAAUGCCUGCAAUAUUUAGUUCAGUGCCAAAGAAAAGAGACUGAAACCAACCCGCUUAAAACAUUUUGUCCAAACACCUCAUGUCAGCGUAUACUUGUUCGGAAUUCCUUAAGCACACAUGAGGUACAGUGUCCUUGUGGAGAGCGAUUGUGCUUUGCUUGCUGUGGACUGCCACACUGGCCAUUGUCAUGUGACCAAUACACCGCGUACCUCACGAUGAUCUUCCGAAGAGAUGUUGCUACGCAACCGCCCGCCGAGUUCGUAGUAAAUUUACGGUCUCUCAUCUGCCGCGUGUGUUUGACAGAAGUUCAGAAGUUUGGUGUACUCGAGGCCUCCGCUACCAUGUGCACGUGUCACAGAGAGAUAUGUUCCCGAUGCCUGCAGCAGACGCGUCGUCCUCUGAUCGAACACGCCGACACUUGCAGUCUGGUACAAACGCGACCAGGAUACGUGUCCGGCACGAGACUGUCCAAGUGGAAGAGCCUUGCCUUUCAGCACAGGUCACAGCGACAUCCGUACCGCAUCCAGAAAUUGAAAGCAAACUCCAAGCUUCUCGUCCGCAAACUGAAGCCUUACAUCCUGACCAGCGGCAUGCAGUUGGGAUUCCACGUGGAUGAGAAGGUUUUCUCGCACGAGUCACACAAAGUCCGCGACUACAUUGACAGUUUUAUUGACAUGUAUGCCACCGCAUGUCGAGUCGGGGAGCUCACGUCGGCCCUCAUUGACAUCGAAGGUCAGGAACAGUGUAAGCAAUUACAAAAAUGCCUCCUGCAAUUGUCUGUUCUCUCUAAAACUGUCACUGAGUUGUUCAAGUCAGGCGGGUAUCAGAGACCAGACCGACUGCAUGUGGAGCUUAAGGAAGCGAGGACUUUGGGUAAUCAACUGCUGAACGCGUUAUAUGCUGGCACAUUCGGGCGAUAAGCAGUAAUAGUAAUGUCAUUGGCGAUUGAUAAUAUGAAUGAUAAAUUAACGUUUGUUUGUUUUAAAGACGAUUUAGGCAUGUUUAUAAUAGUUGUUAUUGCAAUAGACAUUUAAUAAAUACAAACAUGUCACAA